ACAUCGGGUGAGAAAGUGGGCAAACUGAGUCUGGUGGACUUAGCGGGCAGCGAAAGGGCAACUAAGACUGGUGCUGCAGGUGACAGGCUGAAGGAAGGAAGCAACAUAAACAAGUCCCUUACAACUCUUGGGCUGGUUAUUUCUGCUCUAGCGGAUCAGGCUGCUGGCAAGAACAAGAACAAAUUUGUUCCAUAUCGUGAUUCUGUGCUCACUUGGUUACUUAAAGACAGCCUUGGUGGUAACAGCAAGACUGCUAUGGUGGCAACAGUCAGCCCAGCAGCAGAUAACUACGAUGAGACCCUUUCCACAUUGAGGUACGCAGACCGAGCCAAAAACAUAGUUAAUCAUGCUGUGGUGAAUGAAGAUCCCAAUGCCCGCAUCAUCCGAGAACUCCGAGAAGAAGUGGAGAAGCUCCGAGAACAGCUCACCAAAGCAGAGGCGAUGAAAUCACCAGAACUAAAAGAUCGGUUGGAGGAAUCUGAGAAAUUGAUCCAGGAAAUGACUGUCACCUGGGAAGAGAAAUUAAGAAAAACAGAGGAGAUAGCACAGGAGCGGCAGAAACAACUGGAAAGUCUUGGCAUAUCUCUUCAGUCUUCUGGAAUCAAAGUUGGGGAUAACAAGUGCUUCCUCGUUAAUUUGAAUGCAGAUCCUGCUCUCAAUGAACUUCUGGUCUACUACUUAAAGGAGCACACAUUAAUAGGGUCAGAUGACUCCCAAGAUAUCCAGUUAUGUGGAAUGGGAAUUCUUCCUGAACACUGUAUUAUAGAAAUAACAUCAGAAGGACAGGUUAUGCUAACACCUCAGAAAAAUACUAGAACAUUUGUAAAUGGUUCUGCUGUUGUGGGUCCUACACAGCUACACCAUGGAGACAGAAUACUGUGGGGAAACAACCACUUCUUCAGAUUGAGUUUGCCAAAAAAGAAAAAGAAAAUAGAGCAUGAGGAUGAAGAGCAAGACAAUUCUAUGGGGUGCAGCAACAGUGUCGAGCAGCUAGAUAUAGAUGGAGACAGUUCCAGUGAAGUGUCCAGUGAAAUGAACUUCAGCUAUGAAUAUGCCCAAAUGGAAGUUAUCAUGAAGGCGCUCAGUGGCAAUGACCCGAUGCAGUCAAUCUUGCAGAGCGUGGAACAGCAGUACGAAGAGGAGAAGCAAUCCGCACUGGAGCGGCAGAGAUUAAUGUAUGAGCACGAACUAGAGCAGCUGCGAAGGCGGCUGUCUCCAGAGAAACAACACUUCCGCAGCAUGGACAAGUUCUCCUCUCACUCGCCCAGUGCUCAGCAGCGCAUUCGCCAGUGGGCAGAAGAGAGAGAAGAAAUGUUGAACCACAGCCUGAGAAAGCUACGAGAGCAAAUUGUUAAAGCUAAUUUGUAUGUGAGAGAAGCCAGUUUCAUCUCAGAGGAAUUGGACAAGAGCACGGAGUAUAAGGUCACUCUGCAGAUCCCAGCUUCAAGCCUUAAUGCUAAUAGAAAGCGAGGUGCAGUUCUCAGUGAGCCUGCUAUUCAGGUGAGAAGGAAAGGGAAAGGCAAACAGAUCUGGUCACUGGAGAAAUUGGAAAACCGGCUGAUAGAUAUGAGGGAUCUUUAUCAAGAGUGGCAGGAUUGCGAGGAGGAUGACCCAUUAUCUAGGUCUUACUUCAAGCGAGCUGAUCCAUUCUAUGAUGAACAAGAAAACCAUAGUCUCAUCGGAGUGGCCAAUGUUUUUCUUGAGUCCCUGUUUUACGAUGUGAAGCUGCAAUAUGCUGUCCCAAUCAUCAAUCAGAAGGGAGAGGUGUCAGGCCGUCUUCAUGUUGAAGUGGUGCGAGUGAGUGGAGCGAUUGGGGAGAGAAUCGUAGGAGGUGAUGAUAGCACAGACUGUUCAAGAGAAAACGAUAUACAGGAGAACAAAUUAGUUUGCAUGAUUAAAAUACUUCAGGCUACCGGUUUGCCUCAGCAUCUUUCUAACUUUGUGUUCUGCAUAUACACUUUCUGGGAUCAACUGGAGCCAGUUACGGUUGCCCCUGAGGUGGACCCCUCUUUAUCCCCCACCAGCAAGGAGCCACAGUGCAUGGUUGUCUUCGAUCACUGCAAUGAGUUUUCUGUAAAUAUUUCUGAAGACUUCAUGGAGCAUCUUUACGAAGGGGCUUUGGCAAUUGAAGUGUAUGGGCACGAGCAAAGUGAUCCUCGCAAAAACUCAGCUGUGUGGGAUUUGGGAAUAAUUCAAGCCAAAACUCGAAGCCUUCGUGACAGGUGGAGUGAGGUAACCCGAAAAGUGGAGCUCUGGGUUCAGAUUCUGGAACUUAAUGAGAACGGGGAGUACAGUCCAGUUGAGGUGAUUCCUGCCAAGGACAUAAACACUGGUGGCAUCUUUCAGCUCAGACAGGGGCAGUCACGGCGAAUCCAGGCCGAAGUGAAGUCGGUGCAGGAAUCCGGGACCUUGCCUCUAAUGGAAGAAGCCCUACUAUCUGUUGGAGUUGGCUGUGUUCAAAUAAGACAUGUCAAGUCACAAAAAGUUCAUGAGACUCAUCAGGAAGGAGAGGAUGAUAUGGACAGUUACCAGGACAGGGAUUUGGAGAGACUGCGUCGGAAAUGGCUGAACGCAUUGACAAAACGUCAGGAAUACCUAGAUCAACAGCUGCAAAAACUCGACAGCAAACCUGAUAAAACAGAAGAUGAUACAGAUCGGGAGGCACAACUGUUAGAGAUGAGGCUUACCCUUACUGAAGAAAGGAAUGCUGUAAUGGUUCCUUCUGCUGGCAGUGGGAUCCCUGGAGCUCCAGCAGAGUGGACUCCAGUGCCUGGUAUGGAAACCCAUAUUCCAGUUGUUUUCCUUGAUUUAAAUGCGGAUGACUUUAGCUCUCAAGAUAACCUUGAUGACCCAGAACCUGGUGGAUGGGAUGCUACUCUCACUGGGGAAGAGGAAGAGGAAUUCUUUGAAUUGCAGAUUGUGAAACACCAUGAGAGUGAGGUAAGCAAAAGCACAGCCCAGAAUACUUAA